AUGCCUCCAUCGACCGGAAAAGGAUACCUUCUAAAUGGACCCGCUGACUGGGACUCCUUUGAGCAAUCAUACAUUAUGAAAGUCUCCGCUGAACGCGUCUACGAACUGGGAAGGCUCAAUACCCCUGCUCAGUUCAUAGACAAAAGGAUCACAGAGCCAAGGAGGCCUGAGUUCAGCGACUACCUCGCGCGAGAGCAAAACGAAGCUCGUUCCCGCUCCACGAAUUCCUCUCAGUCUACAGUCAGAUCGUCGGAUCCAGCCACAUCGUACGUCGAACUUGUGCCUGAGGAUCAAGAGGCAUACAAGGCAUCGAUGGCAAUAUAUAAGAGCGAUCUUGAUAGAUAUAAUAAGCAAGCGGAUGGAAUCAGGAAUGUCCUUAAUUGGAUGAUUGAAAAGAUCAAUCCACACUACGUCGAAACAUGCUCCCCUGCGAUGAACGAAUCCACACAGCAUGACAAUAUUUCGAUGUUCUAUACGAACCUGAAAGCUGCGUGUGGGAUCGACGAUGCGCUAAGGAGAAAACAAGCUCGAAAACAGUAUUUUGAGCUGCUAAAAUUGGCUUCAAACAGUCGAACCAACUGGGAAGAUUGGAUUACCUCAUGGGAAAAGGCAAUGAGAAUUGCAAAGCUCAGAGGGGUCGCAGAAGCACAACACUCAAAUACAUGGUUUGAGGAUCUACAGCAGAAUCUGGAUGUUCAAUUUAGGAUAUUCUUGCGAAUUGAACAAGGACAGAAUAAGGAUGCAAUUGAAGCAGGCACCUACCUUCCGCUAACUUUCUCUGCACAAUUUCGCCAGGAAAUUCAAUCAAUGAAGAGGAGAAGCGAUCGCAAUCCUAGAAAUCAGGUGGCAAAAGGGAGCUUCAAAACCACGUUUCAAGACUCCUCCCCAGAAAUAAGGAAGCGAAGCAGAUCAUCAACGGGAGAAACCAAGAUAAGCCCAGGCAGAGAAGGAUCAGCAAAACGACCUCGGGCUUCUAUAGAGUUAGAAUUGUGUAUAUUAUGCGAGAAGAAGCACAAGAACGCCAACACGACAUCUUGCUGGGUGGCGUUCCCUGAGAAGGCCCCAAAGAAAUACCCUACAUCACAACGUCAGCUUGAUCUCUGGGAACAACGGCUUGAGGACAAGAAGGAAGUUCGAGAACUGUUUGAGAAACUCCAGCAGGAGAAACAAGACUCAAAAGAGAAGUCGGAUUGA